AUGGUCAGUGCUAAACAAUGGGUACUGAAGAACGAGGCAGACCCUAACCACGACUUCAAUUUUGAUAUGGGUACGUCAGGAUCCACAUUUGAAAUGCUCGACGUAGAGCUCUCUUCCGAGCAAGUCAAGGAAGGACAGUUGUUGGUACAGACCCAAUAUCUAUCCAAUGACCCGGCCCAGAAGUUCUGGAUAUGCAGUGGCGAUAAGAACUACGCAGCUGGUGUUGCAAUUGGGGAGGUCAUUCCGGCGAGGGGUAUAGUGAAGGUACUCUUCUCCAGGAAUCAGAAUGUUAAGCAAGACGAGUACUUGGCUGGCCCCAUAGGGUGGAGGACGCAUGCUGUUAUUGAAGAUGUGAGCGUCUAUAGUAAGGUAUCUCUGAGAGCCGUUGGUGAACUCUGGGGUCACCUUUCAGUCUUGGGUUCAACCGCCUUAACCGCUUACUUCAUAUUCAAGGAAUAUCUAAAUGUCGCGCAGGAUGAGAGUGGUCACCAUAAGGUCUUCCUGAUCUCUGGAGCAGCGGGAUCUGUCGGCAGCUUGUGUAUCCAACUAGCACUGAACGUGUACAAGGCCUCCAAAGUCAUUGCAGUUGCUGGUGGUGCCGAAAAGGUAAAGUACGUCGAGUCAUUCGGCCAGCAGGUAGUUGGCGUCGACUAUAAGGACCCAGAGUUCAAGAAGAACCUUCUAGCAGCGUCGGGCGGAGCGAACACUGUCGACUAUUUUAUCGAUAACGUUGGAGGUGAUAUCUUGGAUAUUGGCAUUGACCUACUGAAGGUUCAUGCGGUAAUCACUGCUUGUGGGUCUAUCAGUGGAUACACCGAUGCCUCGAAGUUUGUUCUCAAGAAUUCUUCGAGGAUCUUGACUAAGAGGCUAGUCAUCAAAGGCAUGCUUGUCACUGACCAUGCCAAUAAAUUCCCAGAGGCGAUUGAACAGUUAGCUUCUUAUGUGCAGUCUGGCGAAAUUUCUUUAGAAAAGUCUGCCACUAUCCGCGAUGCUACUGGGGAUGCAUUUAAGGAUGUCCCAUUAAUUUGGAGAGGACUUUUCCAGGGAAUCAACAAGGGUAAGUUGAUAACUAAGGUUUCCGCCUAA